AUGCUUUCCCAGAAUAUUCCCCCGGACAAUGACGCUCGAAGGCCGAUCCGCCGAAAAUUCGACUCAUUGAACGUUGCGGAAGUUGAAGCUCAAGAUGUGGAGGUUGUUGGAGGAGAGUUUACUGCGAACAAAUCAUACAGAUAUCUCCACAUUAAAUCCAGAAUUCGAGACAUGCAAUCCGGAUCAAAUUUUCGGUCAGCCCAAUGUGAAGAAGCAUCUGAAGCUUUCGAGAGGGGAGACUAUGCAGCGGCAGCUAGGAUAUAUCAAGAGCUCUUGAAUUCCUGUGAAUUAGAGUCAUCAGCAAAGAACGGCUUUCAAAACAAUGCUACAGUGCAAAUGUGUUUACAACUCACUGAGUGCUACUUGCAGCUACAGUGUUUGCAUGAAGCUGAAAUGAUCCUAGGACAUCUCUGGCGCCCUAAUGGAAAAUUUACGAUAGGGGCUACCCAUCCACUCUUUUUCCAGACGUCACUUCUAUACGCGAGAUUACAGGCGCAGUUCGAAGGUUGUUCGGGCGCGAAAGAUAAAGAAACUAACAAUCGAGGAGAACAGCAUCCUGCGGAAGCACUCGAGCUCUUUUACAUGUAUGGCUAUGAAUACGUUAAAAAGGGUCUCUCGGAACAGGCUGCUGGAGUUUUCAGGCAAGGGCUAAAGUAUCUCGACCAAUUUACCAUGCUCCCUGAAGAAAGAACAAAGGAAGUAGCUGUAAGGAUACAUCUGGCCCUCUCCGAAACCUGCAUAGCUAUGGAUAGAAUUGAGGAAGCAUCCAAACUUUUGGAAGAAGUUUGGUUGCCCGGAAAGCCACUUUCAAUCGAGCAACACCACAAAAAUUUUCUUUGGCUGGCAAAACUUCACGCGCAAGUUCGAAGCCCGGGUGUUUAUCACCCUAAUAUAGCUGAACCACUUAACUCGCGACUCUCCUUUUACCAGCGACUUGGCGUAACCCACACUGCAACAAAACAAGAGAUCAGAAAAGGCUAUCUGGAAUGGAGCCGCUGGUUCCAUCCAGACAGAGGUGGCGACACGGGUGUAAUGCAACAGCUGUUGGAAGCAUACCAAACAUUGGCUCAUGAAGGAAAGCGGUCCAAGUACAAUGAGUCGUUGAAACACGAGUCUACGCGCACAGUGAUAUGA